UAAUAAGCACUCAAUUUGUCUAUGCUGCAGAAUACCGACUGCCGUCAAAAGAAACAACAGAUACUGUUUUUCCUGCUUGAAUAUUGGACAUGGCGAAUUUGUGUGGGAAUCGUUUUCAAGUUUUGUGUCAUGAACAAGUGGCCCGGCUUGGUGAAGUGAUGGAAGACACCGUACCAAUUCACGGUCGCGGAAACUUCCCGACGUUGGAACUCAAACUCAAAGACCUGGUGCAGAUGUUGAAAGAGAAAUUAAAGGAAGACGGCAUCUCGGUUCGUGACAUUCGCUUAAAUGGCGGUGCGGCUAGUUACAUUCUGGGCACGGACACCGUUCAAACGUACAACGACUUGGAUCUCAUUUUCGGUGUGGAUCUUUCCAGUCAUACCAAUUUGCAGAAAAUCAAAAGCUGCGUUCUUGGUUGUCUGUUGGAUUUUUUACCCGACGGUGUAAACAAGGAGAAGAUGAAUAGCUGCAACUUAAAAGAAGCGUAUGUUCAAAAGAUGGUGAAAGUUUGCAAUGAGCAUGGGGACAAGUGGAGCCUGAUAUCCCUGUUGAAUAACAAGGGUAAGAAUGUGGAGUUGAAAUUUGUUGACAAAAUGAAGCGACAGUUCGAAUUCAGUGUCGAUUCUUUCCAGAUCAUUUUGGAUAGCUUAUUAACUUUCUACGAAAUUUCCACGGCACCGAUGGGCGAGCACUUCUACCCCACCGUGGUUGCGGAGAGUGUGUACGGCGAUUUCUCCGAGGCGUGGAGUCACCUCACCAAUAAGCUGAUCGCGACGCGAAACCCUGAGGAGAUUCGUGGUGGUGGAUUACUUAAAUACUGCAAUCUGUUAGUGCGUGGAUUUAACGCGGCCAACCAUGUUGAUAUUAGAACGAUGGAGCGCUACAUGUGCUCACGGUUUUUCAUCGACUUCAGUGAUAUUAACCAGCAGAGACAGAAGCUGGUCGCGUACCUCGCAAACCAUUUCAGUGACGACGAGGGCCUGCAGUAUGAAUACCUCCUCACCCUGUACCGCGUGGUGGAUGAAAGUACUAUUUGUUUGAUGGGUCACGAGAGGAGGCAGACCCUUAACCUCAUCCACCAACUGGCGUGCCAGGUUUUCUUGGAGCAGGAGCAGAAGGCAGCCCGCAAGUGCAUUGACCUUCAGCAGCUGGAUCAGCUGAACAACCUGGUGAUAGACCAGGUUUUCUACGGCCCCUUCAGCACCCCAUCACUCACAGGUGGCAGUCAGUAUUACAGCUACAACAACGGCAUGCCUUCCACGUCCUACCAGAUGGGGGGCGUUGGAGGGGGACCUGCCUACAGCUCCUGCCCAUACUGUCCUCCAUUCUUGCAGUGCUCCUAGAGAUGUCAUCACACUUCUUGCUCGUGGACAGUUAAACCAGCAAGAAGGUUCGUUAUUGCUAAGACAAUAACUUUCCAAAUUUCUGUGAUCGUUAACUCUUAUUUUCCCAUUUUUGGGGCAGUUAUAUGCAUUGGUUGGGGUUUUAUUUUUUCGCUUUUGAUCACCAAAUAGUCUCAAAAUAUAUUUUUUUCCCUAUGCUACAGGCCAUAUAAUAGUCAGUUGUUCAUUGUUACAUAUAAUAUAUAUAUAUAUAUAUAUAUAUAUAAUGUCUGUAUGUAUAUGUUAUAAAAUUACUUUUUUUUUCUUUAUAUAUAUAUAUAUAUAUAUAUUUGUUGAGGGACCAUUGUUUGUUACCCAUGACUGCACGUUUGAUGUUUGAUCAUAUUGUAAUGUUCAUGCCAUUACUUCAGACUAAGAUCUCUUAUUUAUGAUUCAUCUAUGACAAGCAUCUCAUUUUCAUGAUGGUUUACCGACAGGCUACCAAAGAGUUUUCAUAAUUUUUAACUCGCUGGUCAAACCUUCAGAUACAAAACAUUAUAUACGGUCAUUACAGUUCAGGGGCCUAAUUCACUAAACUCACAACUUUGCAAUCUCGCGGUGCAGUGCUAAAAGACCUUUGUGAGUUCAGCCCCACUUUUCUGCCCAUUCUAGAAACACUUUGUAUUCCAAUUUAAUGGUCAUUAGCUAUAUCAUCAUAAUUUAAUUAUAGUCAAUUACCAUUACUAACUUUUAACAAAAAAAAGUUGUAUAUAUCCGAUAUAAAUCUUGUUUUGAAAUGGCAAGCUAAGUGUUCAGUGAUUACACAUAGAAAAUCUUUAACAGCAGGUUCUAAAUGGGAAACCACCAAGUGACAGAAAUGGUAGUUUUAGCAAUAGUAUAAAGUCUUGAACAUAAGUGUUGUGAGGUAUAAUUUAUUCUGAUUUCUGUUACGAAAUGUUUUAGGAGUACAUAGUAGAUUGUGUAGGUUAUUACUGGAUUGUAAGUGGUAGUUUGUAUCAAAUGGGUGUUGCUGUAUAUUUACUAGGUAAUAAUAUAAACCAUAGUUGAUAUACAUGUAUAAAUCUUUUAGUUUUAAGUUAUGGUUGGUGCAGCUGGAAAGAAAUUAGUUUGUUAGCAUACAUGUAAUAUUGUAGCUGGAUUUAUGUAUGUAAAGUUGAAAGAUUUAAAAUAAGUUUUGAAAAAGUGCUAAGUGACAAGUUCAAGAAUGUACUACUUAAAACGUUUUAUAGAGCGUGGUAGUUAAAUAGUGAAAAAAGUGCUAAUUGUGAAACAAGUUUUGUAAAGUGCUAAUAAACAAGUUUUGAAAAAUAACUAAUUAAAAAGUUGUAAGAAAGUGCUCAUAGGUAUAAACUGUACAUAUACCUGUUGAAAUAUUAAUUAAGAUUUGUUUGUAAAAAAAAAGUAUAUGGCGAUGGAUUAAUUAAAGUAUUAUCAUAAGUGAAUGAUGCCUAAUUUGAUAACCAUGCUGAUAUAUACAAAGACAAAAAUAACAAUCUUUUUGUGAUCCUUUUUUAAAUUUUUGUUCAGUUGUGAACACUUGGUGGUUUUACAUUUCAAAUAAAUGAUAAAAUCUGGCCGUCUGAAGAAAUGUAAACACGUAGAUCAAAUCAAAACCGGCUGUGAUAGACUGUCAAUAAACUGCUUGUAAUAAUUAUUGUUCGCACUUAAGUACUAUUAGCUAUGGAUGUCUCCUCAUGGAUGAAAUUGGGUUUUGAAUCUCAGGCGUUUUGGUUACGACACUUUAUAUACCUGUAUGAUCUUACUGUAGUGCUUCUAAUCAUCUAGUUAUUGUUGAUCAAUGCAUGUAUUAUAAUUUAUAUGUGGCUUUUGUACAACACAAGUACUGGGCAGACUUGACUGCGAUAAUUUCGCAAUGAAGGCUUCGUGCUAGGGUCAAUUUUUCAAUUGUCAGCUGAUAUGUAGGUCUUUCUUAUUAAUACUAUAUAAUAGUACAUUUAUAAAUACAUUUAACGUACUAAAAACGUCCAACAAAACCCCCAAAUAUUUUACUUAGUAUUACGCAACUUCAGUGUAAGUUGAUAUUCGUAAACACUUUUUUGUUUUAAAUGUGUGUUUGAGCUGGGGAUGGGGUAAAGUUAAUGAUUAAAUUUAUAGCAAAAAAUAGUAAAAUUAAAUUAACUGUAAAAUUUGUAUAUCCAUUAUACAUGUAGUAAAAAAAUUUAAAAUGUCUGGUAUUUAUAUCAGACUUUAAAAAAAAUAUUGUGUUGUUCAUGUUCUUUGAUUCAACAUAAAACCGAUUUUUUCCAGGUAUAUCUCUGGAUCUUUAAAAACAAAACUAAACCCAAAAAAAUAUGAGAAUAAUAAUUAAUAUUUAAAAAUAAACAUUAUAGAGAUGCGAUUCAUUCAUAUGUAUUUAGUAAUAUUAAGACAAUAAUUUUGUAGUAUUGUUUUUUUUCAUGAUAACUAUUUGUAAUUAGUAGUUUUGAGAGACAGGUAGCAGGUGUGUAUAUAUUACUGAUAUAUACACACACAAUUAUAGACCGUUUGAUAACAUCCCAGCACAUAGAGUAAAGAAAUGUGGUUAUGUACUUGGGCUGCAAAGGUUCACAUUAACAAACGUUGUGUUGUACAUUUUCAAAUGAUGUAUGCUAUAUUUUUAACGAGUAAUAGAAAUAAUCAAACCUGUCUCCAUCUGUUUUUGUUUGUUUUAUUUUAUUUCAUUUUUUUGGUUUUGUUACACAUUGUUUCACUAACCAUUUACGUAACGCAUUGCUAUCAACAUCUGUUACAUUGCUAUCAACAUCGGCAACUGGUCAUCUUAUUAAUAUGCAAUCUUUACUGAAUAAUGUGUUCCAUAAAAUAAUUAAUAAUUUAAAAAAACAAUAAAAUCCAUAAAAAUUU